AUGUGUAGAAUUUUAAAAUACAAAUCUUGUAAUCAACGAUAUGACUAUAAGGUUGUAGCUUUGGGAUACUGGUGGGUAAUAAGAAGCAUUUAAAUCGAUUACACGCUCCUAUAAAAGAGAGUUCUCGCUCUUAAUUAGCUUAGAUCCAUUGGUGCUAUUGUUGUUUGUGAUAUGACAUCAAGAAUAGGUUAUUUGGCUUUGUUACAACAAUAAGCACUAAUAGAAGAUGUGCAAUAUCAACAAUAAGAUUAGGAAAUUCCAAAACCGUAAAGCUUAAAUUGGAAUGCUGCAAUGUAAAAUAAAAAAGUGGAAAAGAAAUAGGAUGGUUGUUGUUGA